UCAACGGACCUAAAAAAAAAUGUAUUUGCUUUUUUAUUCUGUUAAAGAAUCAGAAUUUUUUUCCUUUGACCAAAAAAAUUUUUUUUUUUUUUUUUUUUAAAAAAAAACUAACAAAAGAAGUUUAUUAACAAAAUGUCACAUGCGGUUGAUCGUCAUGUUUUGCGAAAAUAUGUUAUUUCAAAAGUUCUAGGAAAAGGAGCAUAUGGAAUAGUAUGGAAAGCAUGGGAUCGAGCCACGGGAAAUACUGUUGCAUUAAAAAAAAUUUUUGAUGCGUUUAAUAAUUCAAUAGAUGCUCAAAGAACUUUUCGAGAAAUCAUGUUUCUUCAAGAACUGAACGGUCAUGAAAAUAUUGUAUCCCUUCUGAAUGUUUUAAAAGCCGAUAAUGAUCGUGACAUUUAUCUUGUUUUUGAUUAUAUGGAUACGGAUCUGCACGCCUUAAUUCGCGUCAACAUUCUUGAAGAAAUUCAUAAACAGUAUAUUAUUUAUCAACUUUUAAAAGCAAUUAAAUACAUUCAUUCAGGAGAAUUAUUACACCGUGAUAUGAAACCAUCCAAUAUUCUUCUUAAUGAAGAAUGCCUCUUAAAGGUUGCUGAUUUUGGUCUAGCUCGAAGUGUCGCCAAUGGUUUGGGAAAUGCAAGCGGGAAUCCUGUUUUAACCGAUUAUGUCGCUACUCGAUGGUAUCGUGCUCCAGAGAUACUUUUAGGAUCCAAUUGUUACACAAAAGGGGUGGAUAUGUGGUCUUUAGGGUGUAUUUUAGGAGAACUUAUUACGGGUCGUCCAAUUUUCCCAGGAACGUCAACCAUGAAUCAAUUAGAACUCAUAUUAGAACUCACAGGGCAACCGUCUGAGAGUGAUAUUGUAGCUAUGAAGUCGCCCUUUGCUGCAACCAUGCUAGAAGCCCUUCCUUUACGUAAGAAAAGAUCCUUUGAAGAUGUAUUUCGUCAAGCGUCCAGUGAAACUAUUGAUUUACUAAAAUCAUUAUUACAAUUUAAUCCCUUCCAUCGGCUUCAAGCAGAAGAAGCUCUUAAACAUCCAUAUGUGUCUCAGUUUCAUAAUGAAAAGGAUGAGCCGAUCUGUUCUCGUAUAAUAUCAAUUCCAAUAGAUGAUAAUCGUCGUUUCGAUAUCAAUGAAUACCGUCAAAAAGUUUAUAGCGAAGUAAUUAAAACCAAAAAAUUACAAAAACAUUUACAAAAAUCUUCCUCCACGCUACCACAAAGAAAUCUUUCUCAUACGUCCCAUUCCCAUUCGUGUACAGCACAAGAGUCAAAAGACAAUAAAAUACAGAAAAAAGAUCGUAUGGUUCAUACAACCACAACAACAACCGCAUCAUGUCAUCCCGCAACGGGUGGUUACUCUAAGCAUGCUUCUGAUAAGUCUUCUUUAACAAAUGCAUCUUCUAGACAACCACCUAUCUAUUCUUCGUCGUCUUCAGACUAUUUGUAUUAUUCGUGUAAUACAGGAGGUUGUAAAAACCAUGGAGAGGCGCAAAAUCGAGGUGCAUCUAGUAUACCAACUGGUGCCACAGAUGCUUCCUGUCCUCAACGCUACAUAUCCAUGUCACGUGAAAGAAAAAACACUUCGAGUGAAUUAUUAAAGCAGCGUCAGUCUAAAAAUUAUAGUAGCUCGUCUUUGCUUCAUAAAAACACUCCGGGGGAAGGAACACACGGGACAUUGUCGCAUUAUUAUGGUGAUUCAAGUCAGUUGAAACCGACUUGUGCCACAACUCCCGCCCAUCUCUCGAAUUACGUAAGCGUGUCGAACCAAGGUGUUCAUGAUCGUUCCUCUGUGAAGAAAUGUUAUUCUCGUGAGCGUAAUUCAAAACAAUCCUCUGUGUUUCGCACGGUCUCUUCUGAUGCUCCCUCUCAAGUCAAAUAUUCUCAAAAAACAUUCACAUCUCAAUCGACGUUUCCUACGUAUCCUUUGUAAAUAUAAUUUAUUUUUCAUACCCUCACUUGAAAUUUGAUGUUUUUAACGCAUUAACACUAUUUUGAAUUAAUUUAAAAAAAAAAAAAACAUGGACUAUACCAUUCUAUCCUUCAACAACAUUUCUUCUUUUUUGAAUUCAUUCUACUUUUUCUUAAAAAAUAAAAAAAAAAACACUCUUAGAAGUGAUUAACAUUGUCCGUGAAAAAUAUUCUGUU